AUGAGCCAAUGGAAUGCGUUCGUGGAAAUCUUGCCGCUUUGGCUGGCCCCGAAUAUGGUCACCCUCUUGGGGUUUCUGUUCAUCGUGGGCAAUGUGAUGCUCAUUGAAGUGUACAUGCCUGAUCUCGUGGGACCUGCUCCUUCCUGGCUAUACUAUAGUUUUGCGCUAGGCAUGUGGAUGUAUUCUACUCUGGACAACGUCGAUGGGAAACAGGCGCGCAGAACAGGGACAUCCAGUGGUUUGGGAGAGCUCUUCGACCAUGGAAUCGAUUCUUUGAACUGCACUCUGGCUAGUCUUCUCGAGACUGCUGCCAUGGGCUUUGGCUCUUCUCAGCUUGGUGCUUAUACUGCACUCGUUCCUUGCCUCGCAAUGUACUUUUCGACCUGGGAAACCUACCAUACCCAUACACUCUAUCUCGGCUACUUCAAUGGCCCCACGGAAGGCCUUCUUAUCGCGAUCGCGAUCAUGAUUGCCUCUGGCAUCUAUGGCCCCCAGAUCUGGAGCCGACCGAUCGUUGAAUUCUUGAAUUACCCGCAAAUCUUUGGGAACAACUCGAUGAAGGAUCUCUGGGUUCCCAUCCUCCUCUUCUCCUUCUUCCUCGGACACUUGCCCGGUUGCGUCAUGAAUGUCAUUGCUGCUCGUAGAAAGCAGAACCUUCCGAUUGCACCCGUCUUCAAGGAAUGGGUGCCGAUGAUCGUAUUCACGGGCUGCAACAUUGCUUGGCUUUUCUCUCCGUAUUCGACGCUUCUGUCGGAGAACCGACUAGUCCUCUACUGCUGGACAAUCUCGUUUGUCUUUGGACGCAUGACGACCAAGAUUAUUCUCGCUCAUCUGCUCCGGCAGCCAUUUCCCCAUUGGACGGUGCUGCAGGUUCCGCUCAUCGGCGGCGCCAUCCUAGCCAACCUUCCCCGCCUCGGAUUCCCUAUGGUGAGCGCCUGGUUGGAGCUACUUUACCUGCGCCUGUAUCUUGUGUUCGCCUUCGUUGUAUACAUGCACUGGGCAUUCCUCGUGAUCAACAGAAUCACUACUUUCUUGGGAAUUAAUUGUCUGACGAUCCGUCGUGACAAAUCGGUAGCAAGAGACAGGGCUUAUCGUGAAUUUGGCGAGAACCAGCCCCUCAACCCAAACUCUGAUCCCAGCAAGGGGGGUAUCAAGAGCCAUUGA